AUGAGCUUGCAAAAUCUACCUGUCGAACUGUUUGAGGACGUCUUGCAACAUGUUUUCCAAUCAUCCUGGGCCCUGGCACAAUUUCAGUUUCUUCAACUGAGACUCAUUGAUCGACGCUCUGAUGAUAUUGUGUCACGGAUCGCUUUUGAAGCCUUGGAUCCCAAAAUCUUCUUGAAGAAAACCAAACCCCCAUCCAGUCCCACCGUCCAGUGGCUUUUAUUCACAAAGUUAUAUUGGAAUAAGCACGGGCAUAAUGCAUUUACUGACUCGAUUCAUGUGUCAGUAUCUCACAUACUAAAGCGCAGGUUUCGGAAGUGUCGCAUCACAGGGAGCUAUCGAAACUUUCUGAGAGACGCAUGUUGCCUCAUUGGAUUACAACACGGGGUCAGAUUUAUUCUAUCAUCUCUCAUUUACCCCUCGGGUGUGAGAGAACAUGUGCGGUUGCCAAAAGAAGAACCGGAGCCUUUUUUUGGAUGUCUACAUCUGGCAUCUACCAGCGGAGAUAUCGAGGUUGUAAAGGAGUUGCUUCAGGUUACCGAGGUCACAGAUGCAAAUUCUUUCCAUUUCCUAUUUGGGUACCCGUUACACGCCGCAGCACACGGGGGCCAUGUUGAUAUUUUGUCAUUGUUGCUUCGGCAUUGCGCACAUGUGAAUCGAAGUAACAACCUUGGUCGAUCGCCUAUCCUAGUUGCGGCUCAAAUGCGGCGAAAGGAGGCUGUGAAGUUUCUUCUCAGCUACCCAAAAGUCCAGCCAAACAUUCCAAGCUACGAUGGCCACACGGUCCUUCUCUGGGCUGUGAAAUGGGGUUGGACUGACAUUGUGAAGUGUCUCCUCUCGACACCAGACGUGGACCCAAACCCAAGAGUCAAAUGGGAAGACACCCCACUGUCAGCAGCGGUGAGAGGUGGUUUUGAUGAUAUCUUCGACCUUUUACUGCAAAGAUCAAAUCUGCAGCCUACGUUCCGUGGUGGGAAGUUCUGUCCUUUGUGGCUCGCCACGCUCAAAGGUGAUUCAUGCAAGGUCAUUCGCCUGUUGGAUCGGUUUUCUUUCAAGCCCAACACUUUUCUCAGGCAUAGGCACACUUUGCUCUGCAAAGUCAUUUCUCUAGGCAACACCGCACUAGCUCGCAUGCUUCUUGAGCGUAGUGAGGUAGAUCCAAACUUCAAAACAUCGAAAGGUGUAGCACCCUUCAUGAAGGCCCUACAUCACUUAGAGAUUCUAGAACUCUUAAUAGCAAGAAAGGACUUCGACCCUAAUCGCAUAAUUCUCGGUUUCCGCCCACUUGAAAUAGCAUACGAUUUGAAGAAUGAAAAGGCGAUUCAGUUGCUGCUUAGCCGCGACGACACAAGGAGCGAUCUUCAUGAGAGGGAUUCGUCAUUGUUGAACCGGGCUGCAUCGAACGGGAAUCUUGAAGUAGUGCGCCAGCUUCUUUUGCGUCCUGAGAACGACCCUAACCAGCAAAGUGAGCGCAGAGGUCCACCUUUAUGCGAAGCAGCAGCUGGAAAUCAAAUUGCCGUCGUGAAGGAGCUCUUACAAGUCGAUCAGGUUAACCCGAAUCUUCGAUGGAACUUGCCUAGUUCACAAAGCACUCCGCUUUGCCUUGCAGUAUCGAAUGACUCCUUGGGCAUGGUCCAGAUUCUUCUAGAUCAACCUAAUGUUGAUAUCAAUAUGCCAGGAUCACAUGGGACCGCACUUUGCACUGCGAUUCUUUGUGGCUCGACGGAAAUAUUCGACCUUCUAUUGCGCCGCAAUGAUAUUGACAUCAAUAUUACCGGGCCAUUAGGGACUGCUCUGGCGUUUGCCGCGCGGCGCGGGAAUAAGUACAUGGUUCAACGUCUUCUGGAGCUAGCUGAUAUCGAUGUCAACCGUCGUUCAACUCCGCGUAGAGACGACCACAUGGCUCUAGAGCAAUUAAACAACUUAAACCGAACAUUUUCACCAGCUUAUGCUAAGACCUCGAGGACUUGUCAAACUCAACAUACACCACUCGAGCAAGCUUUCUUGGGAGGCGAUAUCCCCAUCAUAAAGCUUCUUCUAUCUCAUCCAGACAUCGACUUUACCGAAGGAGACACCUUGAAAAGGACGCCCCUAUGGUGGGCAUCGUACAUGGGGCCACGGGAAUUGACUGAACUCAUCCUUGAUCUAGGGGAGGAUAACGUGAAUGCUCAAGACAUAGACGGUUGGUCACCUUUGCUAGUGGCUGUUAACUGGCGCAGGAGCAGUGUUGUACAGUUGCUGCUAAAGCAAGCUACUAUUGACUCAAAUCUUGCCAACUACGAUGGCUGGACAUGCUUACACUUGGCUGUGCAAGCCGGAAAUGCAGAAAUGGUCGGCCUACUUCUUCAGUCACCGACUACCGACCCACGGAAACGGCUGCCAGACGGUCGGACACCCAUUGACCUGGCCAAACACCAUGGAUUUGAUGCAAUGGCGAAAGAUUUGAGGGAGCAGGUGAAACGGAUCGUUCGUAGAGAAGAUGUCAUUGGGAAGAGUAGCGCGAUGCCGGGUGAAAAAGAUCAGGAUUCCUAG